GUGGGGGGAUCAUGUAAUUCCUUUAAAGAAAAUGGGUAUUCAGAUAACUCUGUCCUUUUAACUUACCCUUCUUCCCAGUUAUCCCUGUCUCAGGCCAACAGUCUUCGAGCCACUAAGGUUUCCUGUAUCACUCAAAACUAUUUGAGAGAGAGAGAGAGAGAGAGAGAGAGAGAUGGCCAAUCUUAGCUCUUCAAGAUGCAAUAUUUUCUGUGCAGUUCAAUUUCUUUUGCUGUUGCAAAGCAAUGUCUUUUGCUAUCAGUUCAAGGUAGGUGAUUUACAUGCUUGGGGGUCACCCAGUUCAGCCAAUCCACAUGUCUACACCUACUGGUCCAAAUACCACCAGCUUAAGGUUGGAGAUUCUCUCUUGUUCCUCUACCCACCAAGUCAAGAUUCAGUGAUCCAAGUCACGGAUCAAGCUUUCAAUGCCUGCAACCUUAAAGACCCCAUCUUAUACAUGAACGAUGGCAAUUCCUUGUUUAACAUCACUUCACCCGGUAGAUUCUACUUCACCAGUGGAGUGCCAGGGAACUGCGAGAAAUCACAGAAGCUUCAAAUUUCAGUUCUUUUCGCAAAUGGGUCUGCGCUUCCUCCUUCUUACGCACCAACCGCAUUGCCAGAUACUUCACCUUCUUACCCUACUGUAUUUGGGUCUAUCCCGACUGCAUCUUCUUCUUUACCUCUGCAGAGCCUCUCUACAACCAUUUUAGCUGCCGUGUUCGGGACGACGAUCUUUAUGAUUAUCAGUGGCAGUAUCAAAAUUUUUGGUACCCGGAUCUGAAUCAUCUGAAUGAUUGCCUCAGAGCUACUUCGAGAUCAUUACAAACUGGGAACAGAGAAUAACUACGGAUGGGAUCUCUGGUGAAAUUUAUUUAUUUUCCCGGUUAAUUAUUGAAGUCAUUACUGUUUUGUGAGAUUUAGUUUGUUUUAUAUAUGAGAUUGAGAAAUUGGUAUUGUUUUCAAGAUGUAAAGAGAAUAAAGAUGAAUUCUUUUCUCUGAAACUGUUUAUAUUUCUGAGAGAUUAAUGCCAUUUGCAUUCUUUCCUCUUAGUAGAAUAAAGAUGAUAUUUGCAGCUA